AUGGCGAUCAGCGAGAGGGAAUGGAAGAUGAUCAUUAUUGUCUCGGUGCUGGUCGGUCUCGCCACCAUUUCUGCUAUCUUGCGCCUAUUCGCCAGGUACAAGCUUCGCGUCAGGAUUGAGGCGGACGACUAUCUGUGCUUUACGGCUCUGUUUCUAUUAUAUGGCAUGCUAAUACAAUUAAUUCUUUGGGUUGCCAUUGGCGGAAAUGGCACUCAUAUAAAAUAUCUCUCUCCCGAAACACUAUUAACUUUUGGCAAGAUCUUCAUCGCCAACCAAUUCACGUACUUUGCUCUGGUCCCCAUCCUCAAAAUCUCAUUCAUCAGCUUCUAUCGCCGCAUCUUCUUUACUUCCCAUCGCUUCAACGUGAUCUCCUGCACUUUCAUCUGGAUCAUCGGUAUUUGGGGCGCUGGCAUAUUCCUCAUCUGCGCUUUACAGUGUCGGCCGCUUCGGGGUUACUGGGAUAAGAGCAUCGAGGCGCAUUGCAUCAACGGAAAUGUUUUCUUCAUUGUUAAUCAGGGCUUCAAUGUAGUUAUGGAUUUUGUCAUCCUGGCGCUACCGCUGCCGAUUAUCUUUAACCUGAAGAGGGCAUGGCAGGAUAAGUUGGCGCUGACCGGAAUAUUCGCUCUUGGGGGAUUCGUUUGCUUCGCGAGCAUUUACCGCAUUGUUGUUUUGUUCUAUAUUGACCCGGCAGACCCAACCCAUACUGUCUACCGGGCCACCCUAUGGACACAUAUAGAGCCCUCAGUUGGCCUUAUUUGUUCCUGUCUCCCCACGAUCCGUGGACUCUUUCCUGCCUACCGUUGGCACUCGCGGAGCUCUCCCUAUCCGCCGGAUCACCACGACUAUAUUAAUUCUUCUUCGAAUAGAGGAGCGGAGCACCUCGUACCCAGCGACCUGUCAAAGAACUCAGUCUACAUCAUGAUGGAGGAUGGGUUGGUGAAGCCAGAGCAGGAUCACGGGUGGGUCGAGGACCGGCAUGAUAUUGAGGAGAAUGAGGGAAGGCGCGAGGGAGGGAUUGUACGGAGGACAGAUACACAAGUUGUCCAGGGAUUGGUAUAG